AUGGUGAUGUUCUCAGCGAAGCUCUCGGACCAGUCCGCACCGGCGUCGAUAGUCGUGACCGCGUCCACGUUCCUGAGCAUACGCAGGAGCGUAGUGCUGAACAUGUGCAUCAUCCUGCAGUCGAAGCACAUCCUCCUCAAGUUCAUAAGCCUGAUCAUGUGCGUGAUCGCGUUUACCACUACGGUCGUGCACUCGGGCUCCUACCUGAACAACGUCCUGAUCCUGCCGUUCUUCACGUCCACGACGGCGUUCCUGAUCCUCAUCACCGCCUUGCCCGGGUCCGAGGCCAGGGUAGUCUCCAUGAUCAUCCUCCUCUCCCUUAUCGCGUUGCUGAUACUGAUUAUCGCCGUGGAGUUGGAUACGGACAUCACGACGGAGAUCAAUAUGUCCUCGGUGCCCAUUAUCCGCAGGACCUCGUUCAGCUCCACGGACGUGCCCGUCGUGACCAUCACGUUGCUCCGGAUCUCGCUGGCUAUGAGCCUAGUCGUGAGGACGGACCAGUCGACGUUCAUAUAUAUGUUAACGUGCGUAUUCGCCGUUAGGACCGUGGUGGCGACCUGGUAG